GUGUGCUUGGGGUGUAUGACGGAAGAUUGGUGACCUUAGACAUUUUAUUGAGUAGUCCUCAUAGCGUACCAAGGCGCACCAGCCCACUUUUACCACCUUAUCCCCCUCGCGCCGCUCUUUCAACUUCGGCGCCUACUGCGCGCGACCCCUUGACCGCAGCCACCACGACCACCCUUCCCUUCACUGCCCCGGCGCAAGUGCACAAUCCUCUGCUACAGCACGAGCCACAUGGCAUCUUCAAUGGCCAGCAGCACCGACAUAGAGCUAACCCCUGAGGUUCUCGCCACGGGCGUCCUUCCCACGCUGCCUCGCCUGGAACCUGCCGUUGCCAGUGCGCUUGCCCGCGUGCAAGAGAAGUACGGCACCAAGGAGCUGCUAGAGGCAGCGAUGAAGGGAGUGAAGGCGGAGGAGCCGCCUCUCAUUAUAAAACAGCUCUUCCAAAUUCGAGGAGACCUGGAUGUUCCUCUGGAUGAUCCCGAGAUUGCACGCUACCUCACCAAGCUUUCAUAAUGUACUGUUGUGUACAGGUAACAAGUUUGAAGCGUAGCUUCUAGUGAAACAUGGAAUAAAAGCAAAAGCACAGGACUCUGAUCUUAAAUUUUGUGGUUUUCAGCACACUGUAUGCAUAAAGUUGGCAGUGCAUU